AUGCAUCGCACUACUUUACUUGGCAUGUUGGCCCUUGCCACUGCCGCCGUAGCUCUUCCUAGCGCUAGUUCCCAGCAGCAGACUCCUGAACCAGGUUCUGCAUCCUCAAUCUCCAACCUAAAGAACAACAUCAAGAAUGUGGUAUGGCUGAUUAUGGAGAAUCGCUCCUUUGACAACCUCUUGGGUGGCCAGAAACACGAAGGCCUGGAGAACCCUAUCCAGAAUGGCCCUUACUGCAAUCCUUACAAUGUGUCGAAAACAUGCUUGGGCAAAGCUUGCUCUCAGGCCAGGGACUACGACUCUGUCAAAAAUGACCCCAGCCACGCUGUUAGUGGUAAUACCAUGGAGUUUUAUAGUACCUGGACGCCUGAUAAUGCGGCUAUUGCUGAUGGAACCCUGAAGGCUAACAAUCUCGGGUUCAUCACGGAGCAAUAUCACAACUAUGGUUCCAAGGUCAAUAUUACGGAGCUGGCAAUCCAGGUCAUGAAUUAUUACACUGAGGAUCAAGUUCCCGUCAUGACUUCCCUCGUCCAGAACUUCUUGACCUUCAAUCAUUGGCAUUCUGACGUCGCGGGUCCUACUGAUCCCAACCGUUUGGCUGCUACGUCUGGUAGCUCGCACGGCCAUGGUACCAACCUUGGUACGGACUACACGUAUCAAUUCGACGUCCCGUCAAUCUUUGAGGCAGUGGGUGAGAGGAACCUGACUUGGCUCAAUUACUGGGACACUGCCGGUGGAACUGGCCCCGAAGCUAAGGCAUAUACUUGGACUCAAGCAACAAACAACUCCGACAAAGUUGUUCCCAUCACCCAAUUCUACACUGACGCUCUUGCUGGGAAUCUCCCGGCCUUCUCUUAUCUGAACCCGUCCUGCUGUGGCAUUGGUACCACUUCCAUGCAUGACAGCGGCUUGAUCUCAGACGGUGAAGCUUUUAUAAAAAAAGUUUAUGAGUCUCUACGUGCGGGCCCCCAGUGGGAGAACUCUCUCUUCAUAUUGACAUUUGAUGAGUCUGGCGGCUUCCAUGACCACGUUCCUCCUCCGCUUGCCCCACGCCCUGAUAAUCUGACAUACACCGAAACGACGCCCAACGGACUCAACUAUACAUACGAAUUCAACCGUCUUGGUGGCCGCAUUCCCACUUUCCUCAUCUCACCAUGGAUCGCCGAGGGAGAGGUUGAGCAAUAUGGUACCAAUCAUCGGGGCGAGACUGUAUCGUAUUGUGCUUCCUCUAUUCUUCGAACCCUUGGGUACCUCUGGGAUUUUGAGCCAUUCACCCCUCGUGUUGAAUGGGCACCAUCUUUUGAUCAUUUGAUCCAGAAGACAUCUCGUAAAGAUGUUGUCUCUACCCUUCCUAAUCCAUCUAACUUCACUGCUCCUUAUCUAUCUGGACGCAAGAACUGA